UUAAAUAAUUAAUUAAAUCAUAAAAACGUAAAAUGUAAAUAAAUCAUUUUAAAAUAACAUAAAUCAAAAUAAAACACUUACUAAAAAAUUUAAAUAUUUUAUUUGUUUACUUUCCUGUCAUGUGACCAUUAACCAAUGUCAGAGAACCGCAAACAUGCGACUGUGAUACCUAAUUAUUAAAAUAUUUAUUUUAAAAUUUCUGGGUUACUCAUAACAAAUAAAAAUGAACUUGUUCAUUAGUAGUUGAUGUAAUGUUGAAAUGCUAAGAAAACAGAAAUGGAAAUUUUAAAACGGAAAUGAUUUUUGUCAAUCCAGUGGUCAAAUGUUGUGUGGCCUUUCAAAUUUCUGUGUAAUUAUAUCCACCUAAGUAGUGACUUUUUUUCUUUCUUUUUUUUUUUUUUUGUGAAUGUCCACAAAACUGGAAGAAUAAGUUAAAAAUAAUAUAUUUUCAUUUGGGAGUAAAAUGUGCUGUGAUGAUCUCAAGAGGUUUUUAUGAGAUUCUCAUACUCCACCUAAUUUCUCAGGCAGCACAUUUCUUAGAAAAAGAAACUUGAACACAAAGACACACUUCAUUUGAAUCAGGAUUGGCUUACCAUGCAACAAAAAAAAACUUGUAAUAUAAUUAGUUGAAUGGAAAAUCCAGAAAAAUCAGUCAGCCAGUAAUUUCCCUCACUCUGCUCCACCUGCACAUAAGCUCGUCCCCUUUUUCUUUUAACUUCAUUCAGCCAAAGCAACUAGUCAUACAGGCUUUUGUGCUCUGCUCUGAGAAAGGACGAUAAAAGCGGGAGUAACACGAUUCGGUUUUAGUUGCAUUCACCAUCUAGAACAUCAGGGCCAUUUCAUGAAGCAAAGACAAACCAGCAAUGAAGCACGUGUGGCAGUGUGGCAGUCGAUGUCUGGGUCCGAUGACUUUCAGUGUGGACCUGACAGGCCAAAACGUGACCCUCAGUCAAGAAGGACAACUCGCGUCCAGAGACACCUCGUCCUUUAUGAAUGGUUUGGCGUUUCUCAGCCGCACUGUAAAGGUGGAUGAAAAGCUGUGUAUAUGUAUUGAGGAGCGCACCUCGUUGUGGGAUGGAUCUCUUCGUGUGGGUUUCACCAACAUCUGCCCACAGAGAAACAGUUUACCACCUGCCUCAAUACCAGACCUCAGGGACACACGGGGAUACUGUGUUGUGCCAGUGCCUGAGGACUUGUGUAGGUGUGGUGUACAGCUUCAGUUCUGUAUAAACUAUGCAGGCAUGGUUAUUGUUCAAGAGAUAGGUGGGGAGAAGUAUUACCUCAAAGCAGAAGGACUGAACCUGAAUAAUCCACUGUGGGUUUUCAUUGAUCUGUACGGGAGCACAAGCGCCGUCCGCCUUCUGAGAUCAAGGAGGGGCAAUCGAACAUCAUGCCCGGUUUGUCCUGUAGACAGUAUAUCUGGUAACAACUGGCUAGCGAGAGAAGCUGAGCGACAAACGUCAGAGGAAGAGCAUAGCUAUAACCAUAAAACAGAAACCAGAAAGAUCCAGAAAACAUCAUCUUGCUGGAAAGCGAGUCUCUUCCUUGUACAGUAUGCCAGCAAGAUGACCAUCCCAAGCCCCCGAGAAUGUUCAGAACUCACAAGAGCUGGUUUAGGUGUACCUGUUCAGGAGUCAAGAGGGGUAGAUCUACACUGGACUUGGCAAGAGCUGAAUCAGUUCAUUUGCUCCAGAUAUCCUUUGGUCAACCUGGAUGUGAUUGGUUUCCAUUUUGCGAAGGCUGAUAAGCAUGGACGACUUUGCAGAUUACAUGCAAACACUCUGAAGAAAAUAAAAAAGGAGCUAGCUGACAACAUUCUUUAUAUAGUUCCUCAGACAGACAUUGUUCUAAAUGAGAUGAUCACGCACCCAUUAUCAUCAGUCAGGAAUGCAAAUUCUUUCUCACAAUCACGUUCUCCUCCUCCUGUUCCUGAAAAACAGAGGCACCGGUUGACUUCAACCAGCAGUUUUCUUUCAGAUUCAAGCCGAAACUCUUCAGUGGAGGACAUGGACUUUAGCUCUUUGCUCAGAGAGUUCCAGCACAUGCAUCUCAGUGGCAGCGAGCACGUUCCAGUAUUGGUUUCUCGUAACAAGGUGCUGCAGAGAGCUAAAGAUUCUGUUUCCAACUCUAAUUUCCCUUGGACCAAAAUCCCUCUUGUGACAUUUGUUGGUGAGGAAGCCCUUGACUGUGGAGGUCCACGGAGAGAGUUUUUCAGAAUCCUGAUGAUGGAGGUGCAGAGCUCACUGGGCAUCUUUGAGGGGCAGCCUGGACACUUGUUCUUCACCUAUGACCAGAUGGCCUUGGAGGAACACAAGUAUGAGUUGGCGGGGAAGCUGAUUGCGUGGUCUGUGGCUCAUGGCGGCCCAGGACUCAAGUCUCUUGACCCCUGCCUGUACCAGCUGAUGUGCACCCAGGAAUUUCAACUGGUAGACUUUAACUGGCACCUAAUACCAGAUGCUGACAUUCAGGACAAACUACAAAAGAUUUCAUCAUGCAGAACGAUGGCAGAUCUCCAGAGGCUGCAGAUAGAGCAGGGUGACUGGAUCUGUGAAUGUGGUUUCCCUGGAAUAUACAGACGUGAAAUUUCCAUUCAAGAUGUGCCAAAGAUUUACUCCUUUGCAGUUCGACACUACAUAUAUCUAAGAACAUCAAAUAUGAUUCAUCAGUUCACAAAGGGACUGAAUGCUUAUGGACAGUUCUGGGAUAUGGUAAGAACUCACUGGGUUGAGUUUUUGCCCAUCUUUACCAACAUGCAUGAGUCCCUUUCCAGAAGCACAUUUAAAGACCUGUUCCAAAUCCACUGGAGUAAAUCAGGGACCAAGAAGAGAGAGGCUGAGGAGGAGACUAUACACUACUGGGAACUGGUACUUAAGAUGAUUGAAGAUAAAAAACCAAAAGCUCCACAAAACGAGUUGCAUUUUGAGGAAAUUUUGGCUUUCAUAACUGGAGCGGAUGAAGUCCCACCACUUGGGUUCUCCCAGAAGCCCAGCAUUCACUUCUACCAACCAGAGCAGCGUGGAUGCCGUCUACCGUAUGCCAACACAUGCAUGAUGGGAUUGUUCCUGCCCAGGGUUGUAAAAGAUGAAGUGGAACUUUACAGGAUGCUCCUGAGAGCAAUCAGAGACUCAGCUGCUUUUGGGAGAACAUAAACGUAUAUAAUUCUUUAUUAUAAUGUACACAGUCAAUAUCCAUAAUAAUUAAGCAUAUUUAUAAGCUAUAUUCCAUUAUUUAUUUCAUUACUUAAGAAGAAAGCACUUACGCACUUACUGUAUAUUUUUGACAUAAAUAUGUUUUGUAAAACAAAAAUUUGUAUUUGUAAAAAAAAAUAUAUAUAUACAUACAUUUUUUUACAUGUUUUAAUGUAUCGCGGCCGCUCAAGGUGUAUAUAGACAAAUAAAAAUGAAAAUAGAUCCUUUUACUAAUGUGUAUUAUACUUGGAAUGUAUCCCUGGCAACUUAAGAAUGGAGAGGCGGUUAACAUCACACACAACGUGAGUUUCAGCAGAGCAUACAUGUUAAGGCUUUUACACAGCAGAAAUAAACAUGACACCAGCCACUAUAGUUUAUAUAAGAUAAUAAACACACGAUUACGAUAAAUAUGGUCUGUAUGUGAUUUUCUUGAAAUUGAAUGUGUACAUCUGAAAUAGGCUUGCCACCUUUAGCAAGGCAAAAUAAGGGACACCCAUUCACGACCCCCCCACCUCAAAAAAAUUAAAAAACCAAGGACACAAAUAAUUACCAAUAAACCAUGAGAAAACAUGCUCAAGUAUGUAAACUUGCAACAGAACACAUUAAUAUUUAUAGUUAUUAAUUAUUAUUAUUGGUCUUUUUUGACAGUUCUGCAGCUGUUCCCUGGAUGGGAUGCAUUUUUAUUAUUUAUUUAUUUUAUUUUUAUUUGCUUAAAUUAGGACUACAUUAUUACGUAAUUAUUUGUCCCAUUUUUUUAUC